AUGUAUAUGGAUGUACUGCAGAUUUACUCCGAAAACAUUGUCCUAUUGAAGACUCGGCGCAGAGGGAGCGAGGCCGACGUGGUGACACUUCAAAGGCCUCUGACUACAGCUGUCUGCGAGGUGUGUAACUCCCGCCUCCCCCCGCCCUCACCCGCCCUCACCCGCCCUCACCCGCCUCCCCCCGCCCUCACCCGCCUCCCCCCGCCCUCACCCGCCUCCCCCCGCCCUCACCCGCCUCCCCCCGCCCUCACCCGCCCUCACCCGCCUCCCCCCGCCCUCACCCCCGCCCCCCCCCUCACCCGCCUCCCCCCGCCCUCACCCGCCUCCCCCCGCCUCCCCCCGCCCUCACCCGCCUCCCCCCGCCCUCACCCGCCCUCACCCGCCUCCCCCCGCCCUCACCCGCCUCCCCCCGCCCUCACCCGCCUCCCCCCGCCCUCGCCCGCCUCCCCCCCCCUCCCCGCCUCCCCCCCGCCCCCCCGCCCUCACCCGCCUCCCCCCGCCCUCACCCCUCCUCCCCCCGCCCUCACGGUGACGUAG